AUGAAGCCCGCUCGCCACAAGGUUUCGCGCCAACAGAGACAAAGACGGUGGAUGACAGCCCGGGUGGGCAACGCUGCGGCCGUUCUGGCUGCUGCGUGGUCCCUGCCGCACAGGUCCUGCCAGGCCCUCCGGGCGCCCUGUUCUUCAUCGGCCAUCUCAGGUGCGGGCUACCAGUACCGGAGCUAUGUGGGCACCGCCGCCCAGCGGGCGAGGAGGACAACCGCUAGCCUCACGGGAGGCUUCGUGCCUGGCGGCGCGGGCAGACGGAGGGUGGUUGCUGCGGCGGAAUCAAGGCGCUUCAGCAGCAAUGGUGGUGGCUUUGUCGGCGACAGCAGCAGCCUUGUAGCGCAGCAGCGGCAGGCAUCAGCGGCAGGGGCAGUGCGAAUGGCGUCGGGUGGAGGAUCGGACGAGAGCCAGUUUUUCACUGACCCGGACGCUCCGUCAGAGGUGGAUGGGGUGGGGCCGCCAGGACCGUUGGUGGGAGGAGAUCAGGUGGUGAACGUGGGGCUUGAGGCGGAGAUCAAGACCUCGUUCAUGCAGUACGCCAUGAGCAUUAUCCUGGGCCGAGCCUUGCCGGACGUACGUGACGGGUUGAAGCCCGUCCACCGCCGCAUUCUGUACGCCAUGUACGGCCUCAACCUCAACCCCGAGGGGACGCACCGAAAGUGUGCUAGGGUGGUGGGGGAGGUGCUGGGAAAGUACCACCCGCACGGGGACAUGGCCGUGUACGACGCGCUCGUCCGCAUGGCGCAGGACUUCGUCAUGAGCGCUCCGCUGAUCCAGGGUCACGGCAACUUCGGGAGCAUCGACAACGACCCCGCGGCGGCCAUGCGUUACACCGAGUGUAAGCUGUCGAGCGUGGCGAAGGACACGCUCCUGACGGACAUCAACCUCGACACCGUGGACAUGACGACCAACUUCGACGGCAACGAGAAGGAGCCGGUUGUGCUGCCAUCGCGCUUACCGCUGCUGCUGAUCAACGGUGCCACCGGCAUCGCCGUCGGCAUGGCCACCAACAUCCCUCCGCACAACCUGGGCGAAGUGGUGGCGGCGACGAUAGCCCUCAUCAGGAACCCCGAACUCCCGGACGACCAGUUGUUCCGGCUGCUGCCUGCUCCCGACUUCCCAACGGGAGGGCGUAUCAUGGGCCUGGCCGGCGCGCGCAAGCUCUACACGACUUCCAACGGGGGCGUUACCCUCCGCGCGACUACUCACAUCGAGGUGAUCGAGGCUAAAGGCAGGUCGAGGCGAAACGCCGUCGUGGUGACGGAACUCCCCUACCAGGUCAACAAGUCCUCUCUGCUGCAGAAGAUGGCCGAGAUGGUGAACGACAAGAAGCUGGAAGGCAUCUCUGAUCUCCGGGAUGAGAGUGACCGCGACGGUGUGAGGGUUGUGGUCGAGCUGAAGCGGGACGCUAACCCGCAGGUGGUGGAGAACAAUCUGUUCAAGAAGACGCAGCUGCAGACGUCAUUCAGCGGCAACAUGCUGGCUCUUGGCAGCGACGGGACAAAGCCGCACCGGUUCAGCUUGCGAGCGGCGAUCCAAUCCUUCGUCGACUUCCGAUUCACCACCGUGCGCAGGCGGACUGCGUUUGAGCUCGGCAAGGUGCGGGCGAGAGAGCACAUCGUACAGGGCAUGCUUCAAGCGCUUGGCAUGAUCGACGCCGUCAUCGAGCUCGUCAGGGCCAGCACCGACACGCCGAUGGCCCGCGACGGCCUGAUGGCGGAGCCCUACGGGCUGUCUCAGGAACAGGCGGACGCCAUCCUGGCCCUCCGGCUGGGAAGGCUAACCUCCAUGGAAGAGGGGAAGCUCAAGGCAGAGGCGGAAGACCUCAAGGCAACCAUGGAGAGACUGGAAGGUGUGAUGAACGAGGACUCCAAGGUGAUGGACAUCAUCGUGGAGGAACUCACCGAGGCCAAGAACAAGCACGCGGUUCCCCGCAGGACCAUGAUCAAGCCCGACGAAGGCGAGCUCCAAGAAGAGGACCUGCUGGCCAACGACAGCUCGGUCGUGGUCGUGACCGCUGCCGGCUACAUCAAACGCAUGCCGCUGGAGGAGUUCACGGCACAGAACAGGGGGACUCGAGGCAAGGCCGGUGCCAAGAUGUCAUCCGACCACGACGUAGUGCAGCACUUCUUCACCUGCCAGGACCACGACACGAUUCUCUUCGUGUCCGACAAGGGAGUGGCGUACGGAAUUAGGGCGUUCCAAGUCCCUGUGGGAUCUCGCACCGCAAAGGGCGUACCGGUGCCUCAGGUGCUGCCCAUCGCGGGAGACGAGGAGAUCGCGAGCGUGCUGGCCGUGGACGACUUCAGGGAGGAUGAGUACCUUGUGCUCCUCACACAGAAAGGCUACAUCAAGCGCACCCCUCUGGCGGCUUUCAGGUCCACGUCCAGCCGGGGGCUCAUCAUCAUCAGCCUGGGGGAAGACGAUACUCUCCGCUGGGUUAAGAGGUGCUGUGACGACGACGGCAUUGUCAUCGGUUCCAAGCAGGGCUAUG